AAUCAAUACUAAUAUAAAUGCAAAAUUCAAUGAUAUAAAUCAAAAUAUCAAUAAUAGAUUCGAUAAAAUCAAUACUGAUAUGAAUCUAAUUAAUAGUAGAACACAUCUUAGAAAUACUUUACUUGAUACUCUUAAUCAAAGAUUAGGCAAUCUCGAAACUUCAAAUAUACAACUUGGUAAAUCUAUUAAUACAGUAGAGGGGAGAAUUAGUGAUGUUGAUAAUACUAUAAGAAACAUAAGAAAUGAUAACUUAUUUAAUAGAUUAAUAAAUAUGGAAAAUAUUUUAAAUACACAUAUGAACACUCAAGAUAAUAUAUUAAGAAAUAUGAGAAAUCUAAUUGAAGGUGAUCAUACACAGUUCGAUAUAUUAUUUACAAAUUUUCAAAGAAAUAUGCAAGAUUUUAUAAAUAAUCGACUCAAAGAAAAUGAAAGACAAAUAAUAAAAAGAUUUAUUGAAUCACAACCAGAAAAACCAAAAAAUGUUAUUAUAGAUUAUGGAAGAAAUUUAAGAUUAGAAUAUGAAAAUUUUAAUAUUCAAGAAAGAAUAAUAGGUAGUUCACAAAUCCAAUCUCUCAGAAAUAAUGUUAUAAUAAAUGAUUUUCUAAAUAAUGUUGAAAAUAAUCUAAAUAUACAAAAACAAAUUACUUCUGGAACAGAAAAUGAUGUUAUGACUGACUUAAGAAUACAUUCUUCAAUAACCAGUGAAGAACUAGGUAGUGCUAUAUAUGAACCUAGAGGUAGUGGUAGUUUAACAUACGAAACAAAAAGUAAUUCUAAAGAAAGUGUAGAAAUAAUACAAAAAAUUCAAAGAAGUCCUUCUCAAAUUAGUUUAGUUUCAGAUAUAAAUUAUUCUGAUUCUGAUGAUGAUUUAUAUGAUACUGAAAUUGAUAAAGGAAAAAGAAAAAAAUAUCUAGUAGACCGUUAA